CUGUCGCUUCCGUUAAAUACAGGAAUUACAUGAAAGCGCAAAGCAUGCAGAUUAAGCAUGCUGAUUUGAAAUUAAGAAUAUUAAAUUUACAACAUGGAUCAAUUUGCACACUAAUAAUCGGUUGGUAAAUAACUUAAAUAUAGCGGGUUAGAGAACAAAUAUGACCUCGUCCCGGAAAGACUCAGCAGCCUCCGACUCACCUGCUUUUGACGGUUUUCCUUUUGCGGUGGCCGGUAAAACUGAGGACAACUCGAGCGGGGAGCAGCAGCAACCAACUGGGGUGAAAAAGAAGCCGUGUCGCGCUUGUACGGACUUUAAAUCAUGGAUGAAGACACAGAAGCAGCAGACGACAGCUGCUACUAUGCAGGAACCCCAAGCUGAGCCACAAGAGCCGGAGUGCCCACUGGACAGACAAGAGUUGGGACGUAACACUUGGUCCUUUCUGCACACCAUGGCUGCAUAUUAUCCCGAUAAACCGUCCACCCACCAGCAACAAGAGAUGGGCCAGUUCAUUAACCUCUUCUCCAAAUUCUUCCCCUGUGAUGAAUGUGCAGAAGACCUUAGGAACAGAUUAAAAACCAAUCAACCGGACACCAGGAGCCGCCACGCUCUGUCCCAGUGGUUCUGCCGACUCCAUAACAACAUCAACGUGCGUCUGGGCAAGCCCGAGUUCGAUUGCUCCCGAGUUGAUGAGAGGUGGAAGGAUGGAUGGAAAGACGGUUCCUGCGACUGAGAGAAAGCAUUGCAGAACUUUUGAGUGUAGAUGCUGUCUGUGUUGGAACAACAUCCUGUGAAGGAUGAAUGAAUUUUUCAGGGAUUUUCCUGUUUUGCUGUCAUUUCAUAUUUUUGUUGCUGAUAACAAAAUUAAGGGUACAAACACAUCAUGUUCCGGACCAACCUUCAUACUGACUAUGUUGAGUUUGAACAUCAAAUAGGAAAUUUUCACCAAACAUCGAUUCAUUAAUGGCUGAAAUUUUAGGUCCAAGCCAAAGGACCUCUAAGGUCAAUUGUGAUAUGAUCUGCUAUCUGUGUGGGCUAUUAAUAAACACUGAAAGGGGCACACAUA